AAUCUGUCUAUGACCUUCUCCCAAAGGAGCUGCAGUUACCACCUUCCAGAGAAACAUCUGUAGCAUCCAUGAGCCAAACAAGUGGUGGCGAGGCAGGUUCGCCGCCUCCAGCUGUAGUUGCUGCUGGAUUUGCCUCUGAAGCAGGGAGUGUCUGCAUUAAAAAUGACCUGUAGUUCUCUGCUUCAUAGAUGCUUCUUCAGCUCCUUCCUCUUCCUCCAUGGGCGGUGCUUGCAGCUCCUUUACCACCUCUUCCAGUCCUACCAUUUACUCUACCUCAGUCACCGACAGCAAGGCUAUGCAAGUGGAGAGCUGCUCCUCAGCCGUGGGGGUAAGUAACAGAGGGGUAAGUGACAAGCAGUUAACCAGUAACACAGUCCAGCAGCAGCAGUCAACGCCGAAGAGACACACAGUCCUGUACAUCUCGCCACCACCCGAGGACUUGCUGGACAACAGUCGGAUGUCCUGCCAGGAUGAGGGCUGUGGAUUGGAGUCAGAACAGAGCUGCAGUAUGUGGAUGGAGGAUUCACCCUCCAACUUCAGUAACAUGAGUACCAGUUCCUACAAUGAUAACACUGAGGUGCCACGUAAAUCACGCAAACGAAAUCCAAAGCAGAGGCCAGGGAUCAAACGUCGAGAUUGUGAAGAGUCCAACAUGGAUAUAUUUGAUGCCGACAGUGCCAAAGCUCCUCACUAUGUCCUUUCUCAGCUCAGCACGGACAGCAAAGGCAACUCAAAAGCAGGAAAUGGAGCAUCAGAGAACCAGAAAGGAGCUGGCGGGAAGAAGACCCCAAUGUUGUGUGGUCAGUAUCCGACUAAGAGCGAGGGGAAGGAGCUGAAGAUAGUGGUACAGCCGGAAACCCAGCACAGGGCUCGUUAUCUGACUGAAGGCAGCCGAGGCUCAGUGAAAGACCGGACACAGCAGGGCUUUCCAACUGUGAAGCUGGAAGGUCACAACGAGCCAGUGAUGCUGCAGGUAUUCGUGGGUAACGACUCCGGUCGAGUGAAGCCCCACGGGUUCUACCAGGCCUGCAGAGUUACUGGGAGAAACACUACUCCCUGUAAAGAAGUGGACAUCGAGGGGACUACUGUUAUUGAGGUCGGACUGGACCCAAGCAACAACAUGACACUUGCGGUUGACUGCGUGGGAAUACUGAAGCUGAGAAAUGCUGAUGUUGAAGCUAGGAUAGGGAUUGCUGGUUCCAAGAAAAAAAGCACACGUGCUAGGCUGGUAUUUCGUGUUAACAUCACUCGCAAAGAUGGUUCAACUUUGACUCUUCAGACACCUUCUUCCCCAAUUUUGUGCACUCAACCAGCAGGAGUUCCAGAGAUCCUAAAGAAAAGUCUGCACAGUUGUUCAGUGAAGGGUGAAGAGGAAGUUUUUCUGAUUGGCAAGAAUUUCCUAAAGGGAACAAAAGUGAUUUUCCAAGAGAAUGUUUCUGAUGAGAAUUCUUGGAAGGCAGAAGCUGAAAUAGACAUGGAAUUAUUUCAUCAGAAUCACCUUAUUGUAAAGGUGCCACCAUAUCACGACCAGCAAAUAACCUCAGCUGUUUCUGUGGGAAUAUAUGUGGUGACCAAUGCUGGAAGAUCACACGAUGUGCAACCAUUUACGUACACUCCAGAUACAUCUGGUACUCUGAAUGUUAACGUGAAGAAGGAAAUCUCCAGCCCAGCCCAUCAUUGUUCUUUUGAAGAGGCUAUAAAAGCAGUGAAAGCCACUGGUUGUAACCUGGAGAAGGUAAACAUUCUUCCUAGUGCCUUGAUAACUCCACUCAUGCCAAGCAGUAUGAUUAAGAAUGAAGAUGUGGCUCCAAUGGAAGUAAGUGCAGAAAAAAGAUCUCCCCCUGUAUUCAAGGCUUCAAAUGUGGUUGGACCAACUCAACAAACAUUGGAAAACAGUAUGUCCGGCAUAUCAACUUCUGCUUCCCAUUUACCUUCUGAAAAUGAAAACCAGCAACAAAUACAGCCGAAGGUGUAUAAUGCAGAGACACUAACUACUAUCCAAACGCAGGACAUUUCCCAGCCUGGUAGCUUUUCAGCAGUCUCUGCUCCAGGUCAGCUGCAGAACAGCGAUGCGUUACUGCAGCAAGCUGCACAGUUCCAAACAAGAGAUUCCCAAACUAGGGAAGUCUUGCAAUCAGAUGGCACAGUGGUCACUUUGUCACAAUUAACUGAUGCAUCACAACAACAGCAGUCUACACUCUCAGAACCAGCACAGGCAUUGCAGCAACAGAUUUCAUCAAGUAUUUUCUCAUCGGCAAGCGGCGUGAGUCAGUUACAGAACACUAUACAGCAACUCCAAGCUGGGAAUUUUCCAACUAACACUGCCACUGGCAGCAAUGGAAACGUUGACUUGGUGCAACAGGUAUUGGAAGCUCAACAGCAGUUGUCUUCUGUUUUAUUUUCUGGUUCAGACAGCAGUGAGGAUGUUCAAGAUCAGCUAAACGCAGAUAUCUUUCAGCAAGUUAGCCAGAUACAAAAUAGUGUCAAUUCUGGGAUAUUCUCCUCAUCAGACACAGCUGUCCAUUCCAGACCAGAGAAUCUUUUGCCUGGACGAGCUGAAAAUGUUCACUCACAGCCUGAAAAUGCACUGUCCAAUCAACAGCAGCAACAACAGCAGCAGCAGCAGCAGGCGAUGGAGACUUCUGCAGCAAUGGUGAUAGGAAUCCAACAGAACAUUUGCCAAGCUGCAACACAGAUGCAGUCCGAUUUGUUCUCCUCGACAACGUCAGGGAAUGGAGCCCUCCAGCAGUCGCCUGUUUACCAGCAGGCUUCUCACAUAAUGAGUGGGUUAUCAACAAGCGAAGACAUGCAAAUGCAGUGUGAAAUAUUCUCUUCAUCUCCUGGUGUUUCUGGAAGUGAGACUACUCCUGCUGCUCAGCAGCAGGUCUCCAACAAUGGACCUACUAUGUUUCAGGCAUCAAAUUCUGCAGAUGGAGAAGAAGCUUCAGGCCAGAGUAAACAGAUGCAAAGUACCGUAUUUCAGACCAUGGUUCAGAUGCAGCAUAGUGGAGAAAGUCAAUCUCAAGUUAAUCUCUUUUCAUCUACCAAAAACAUGAUGACCGUUCAGGCAAGUGGAACUCAACAACAAGGAGGUGCUCUCUUCCAGCAGGGCGGAGAAAUCAUGUCUAUUCAGUCGGGAAGCUUUAUGCAGCAGUCUCCACAUUCACAAGCUCAGCUUUUCCACUCGCAGAAUCCUAUCGGUGAUGCUCAAAAUAUAUCACAGGAAGCACAAGGCUCUAUUUUUCACAGUCCAAAUUCCAUUGUCCACAACCAGACCAGUACUAAUUCCUCAGAUCAGCUGCAGCCUCCGAUGUUCCACUCGCAGAACACCAUGGGUGUAUUACAGAGCUCUUCAGUUCCUCAAGACCAGCAGUCUGCUAACAUGUUCCUCUCCCAGAGUUCAAUGAACAACCCUGCAACUCAGGAAGAACAGAUGUCAUUCUUUACAAGCCCAAAUUCCAUUUCUCCUCUUCAGACAGCAACAAACACUGAACAGCAGACUUCUUUCCAGCAGCAGACACAGAUCUCUCACAUCCAGAGUUCUAUGCUUCCCCAGGAACAGCCCCAGACUCAGCCUGCUCAGCAAGGUUUGUUUCAGUCUCAAGUGUCAUUAGGCUCCAUGCAGUCCAGUUCAAUUCCCCAGAACCAACAAGGAGCCAUCUUCCAGCCUCAGCAUUCGAUGGUUGCUAUUCAGAGUAGUCCUCCGUCUCAAGAACAGCAGCAGCAGCAACAGCAGAACAUGAUGUUCAGUAAUCAAAAUGCAAUGGGUACAAUUGCAUCUCAAAAGCAGAACAUGAUUUUCAAUCCAAAUCAAAACCCAGUUACCAAUCAGGAGCAACAAGGCCAGUCCAUUUUUCAUCCACAGACUAACAUGGCAUCAAUGAACCAGGAGCAGCAGCCCAUGCAAUUCCAGAGUCAGACUACAGUGUCUUCUCUUCAGAAUCCUGGAUCCAACCAGGCUGAAGCACAGCAGCCAGCCAUCUUCCAUAACUCGCCCCAGAUUCAGUUGGUCCAAGGGUCACCAAGUUCUCAAGAGCAACAAGUCACCCUCUUCAUCUCUUCAGCUUCCAUGUCUGCCUUGCAGAACAGUAUGAGCCAGCAAGAGCUGCAGCAGUCUCCUAUGUACUCUUCUCAAAACAGCAUGGCAGGAAUGCAAGGAACUGCUUCCCCUCCACAGCAACAAGCUUCUUUAUUUCACAACACAGCGGGAGGUGCUAUCAACCAGCUGCAGAAUUCUCCUGCUUCAUCUCAGCAAACAUCAGGAAUAUUCCUGUUUGGCAUUCAAAACAACUGUGGGCAGCUGCUGACUUCUGGACCAGCUUCGUUGCCGGAUGAGUUGAUGGCUAUCAGUCAGCCAGGUCAGCCACAGAGCGAGGGACAAGCGGCAGUGCCAACGCUUCUCUCCCAGCAGAUAUCUGAGACUCCUCCACUACCCUCAGCUAUGGCAACCAAUCAGAAUAUUGAGAAAAUAGAUGAUCUGCUUGUGUCGUUGCAAAACCAGGGGAACAAUAUGGCUGGCUCGUUUUAAUUAGUCAAAAAAUCUGUGAAGAAAAAAGCGAUGAUUUCCCAGAUCCUCUCAGACCUUCCGACUCUGGAUUAGGCUGUGUGGAACUGAUUGCUUCUGUCAAAAAGUGGCCCUCUUCUCUAAAGAGCACACACGUGGCCAAUUGCAGCGUCCAGCACCUAAAGCUAUGACCAUAGUAUUUGGGAUUUGUAGUGCCAAUAAUGCUGAAAAGCUAUGCUUUGUUUUAACUAGGGCAUGGGAUUGUACUGUUACUAGAUUCCUAAACCUCAUUAACAGUGGGGUGCUCUUUCAAUUUAAAGCAUAUCUGGUCAGUUAUUAUUGUUAUUAGAAGGUAAUACAUGUUACCACGUUUACUCUUUUUUUCCUUCCUCCUCUUCCUUCUUCACAUCCCGUUUUGACUAGAAAAGCUUGUGAAGCAGAAACAUCAAAUGCCUGUGACGUGAGCUCGUAGGUGUCAGAAAGUGAAGGGAUCACAGGUUUUACAGUUGAGUGGGAGAGCUAAUACUGCUAUUUGUUAAUUGCAGUAGGUGGCAAUGAAAAAUAUUGAUAACUGUAAUACACAAGCAGAGAACUGCUUGCUGCUGUAGAUAGCCAGAGGUGGGCGCUUCCCAUCUGAGAAUGUGAUUAAUGGUUUUCCAUGUCUCUUACGUGUAACUGUACAUAGAGCAAGGCUUUGGUGGCUCUAACAAAGUGAAGAAAUGAAGGGGAACUUUGAAUUAAAUUGUGCUCUUAAAAUCUUAUCCUCUAAAAUACCUUCAGUUUGAAAGGAACAUUCUGCCUGGCUGAGGAGAGAACUCUGUGUCUCUCACUGUAUGGGUUAGAACUCUGGAAAGCUGCAUUAGCCAUUCUCAACCCGGCCUUCUCCCUUUCGUUCUUUCCAUGGUUUUCCUUCUCUCUCCUUCAGUUUUUUUAAAAAAGCAUAAAUAUCCUACUGGCUUUGAGGAUCAGAAGCAGCUUUUAGGAAUCAAUGGCAUUAAAUUGCUUAGUCAGGAGGAGCUUUGACAAAUAAUCAAGGAUUAAGGAGAAAGAGGAAGCAAUUUCUCCACCACCUUCUCAAUGCAGAAAUCCCCCUUAACCAGUCAUUUUCCAGCUGUCACUGAUGUAAAUCUUCAGCUUGACUUUACUCCAAGUAGGGGGCAAAUUACAUCAUUUCUGAGCAUUCUUGAAAAUUUCACUUCAUCCUGAGCUGUUGCAUCUUUGUAGCAUAUUAAGCUCAUUGCAGUUUUGAAGUGAUUUUUUUUUUAAAUACCUACAAUCCCCAAGUCUAGUUUCGAGAUCGUCAUGUCUCAAUUUAAAAAAAAAAUUUAAAAAAAAAAAAAUAUAAUUGACUGAUGUUACAGAAUGUAAAAACAACCCACUCCAGACCAUGCAGUUGUAUUGUGAGGCGUGUGAAUUUUUUUGGGUGCUCCAACUAUCCGGACAGUUUUGUGAUAUCUCACUACAGCCUCAUUCAGAUACUCGUUUCUUCUCCUUCUGCACGUAGAAAGCUGUUGCUGCGGUUAGAGCCAAACAGCUGUCAUGUAUGGCUAUUAUGCCUUGGUAGAGUGUAGUUGGUAUCAUGUCAUUUUUUUCAUUUUUGUUAUUUUAAAUAACAAAGAAUAGUCUGUAAAUGGUUUUUAAGUUACUCUAGUCUGUUUACUGUGUGUUUUUUCCCUUAACUCGUGUGCUUAGUUGAGCCGUGUAGAGUUUUUUGUUUGUUUUAAUGGUUUUUCCUGUUUGUCGGUCUGUCAUAACGUUCACUUUCUCUUUCUGUCUCUCUCUUUCUCUCUCUCAUUGAGAGGCAUUGAAUUACGUUUUCAGUAGUAAGGCUUCUUGCCGAUAUGAAGGGAACUUUUCAGAAAGAGACCUGCUCUGGGUCAUUUAAUUUUGAAUACAGUUUUCAAUCGUUCAAGUUUUGGAUGGUUUAUAUCUAAUGUGUGUUUCAUUUUUUUGGAAAGCUAUAUUUUGUAUUUAGGAAAUGGUAUACUAUUUUGCUAUUUGUACUGAGUGAGUACAUUGGCAUAAAUAUAAAAAUUUAUAUAUAUACAUAUAUAUAAAAUAUUCUUUUUGCCACACAUUUUUGUGGUAAAUUUGUGAGUUUGUCUGAUGUUCUACCACAACGUGGCGUCUGAUAACAGUGGGGUGGGGUGGGGUUUGUUAUGUCUUUAUUGAGUAUUUAAGUACUUUUUGCAACAUAAAUAACUUGUUCAUCUCUCGCCAUUCCAUCAGGCAAUUUCUUGUUCCAACUGGCUAUGAGAAGCUUCACUGUGUGUUUUGAUGUGUCUGUCACUCAGCAAUACGAUCUAGUGAGGAAACCCGUAGGCAUUUAGGCGUAUAUAAGAUAACGGGGUUUCAUUCAGAAUGAGCCAUUCAGCUUUUAUCCACUAUCAUUGUCUAUUUAAUAUUUUAUUAUUAGCGCCUCUGUGUUUUAACUCUUAAUUUAUGAUUAUGCUAAAAUGUUUAAAAUUUUAAUCAUGAUAAAAAGAAUUCCCUGCUUCAUAAUGUCCAGAGCGGCUUUAUAACCCUGAACCAUACUUUUUCUUUCUGUGAUUUUUUUUUUAUUAUUUUUUUUUUCCUGCUAAGACAAAAUAUUAACAAAAUCCUCUAAUGGUUCAUGACGUGAGAACAAGGAUCUUGCAGCAUUGACUAAAUGCUAUAUGAGGCUAUGUAGAAGACUGAGAAUUAUGGACCGAAACAACUUCCAGAUGGUCGUGGAAGUCGAUAGCCAGUUAUUCAAAAAUGAACUGGUGGCUUUUGCAGGAUGGCAAUCCCAGGACAAGCUGUUGGGUGUCACCUGGGGCCUUCAUACACAGAAGAAGUAAUAGGAAUGAUCCAUUCACUUGUGUGCUGCUUCAAUUUGUUCCGUUGUUCCGAAAGGGUGUAUCCUUACGUUGAAGUGCUGUUGUUCAGUGCCAAGUCACCAGGGACCAAUUCUCCAUUUAACAAGAUGGGUGUCCAAAAGAGAACUUCAUACCAAGACUGCUACAGCUCCAGGGGAAGGGUAUGUUUGAAUUGUGUGCGUAUUUUUGGUUGCUUAUGAAGAGAAGAGAAAAAAAAAAAUUGUAAAAAAAAAAUAAAUCUAAAAAAAAAAAAAAGGGCUGUGCUAUCACAUUUUUCACUUCGGGAUAACACCUGUCUAUUCCUGUGUUAAAUUUAUCUUGUUCAUUUUAGGUCAAUGUUUAAAUGUACAACACUUUGAACACGUAAUUUGGUUACAAAAAGUAUUUGUCUUAUGAAUGAAGGGAUCGCUCAGCGGUUGAUUAGUGCUGGAACUGCUGCUUGCAGACAGCUCUUACAGAGGAUAAAGAGAGGUUUGAUCGGCCAAUAAAGAGCUUAAAGACAGGCUGCGGGAUUUCAUGGCAGAAAGACCCAAGAACAGUGUGAGCCACAUUUGUGUUUUAUCUGAGUCCUGAAGGUUUACCAUCUAAGCAGUUGAUACUGAUAAUUGGAGCUUACUCUGCCUUUUGUUUUCCCCUCCAUCCCUGUGUUUACUCCUCCACGCGCUGGCACUGCUGCCUGUGAGCACUAUCGGGUCUAGUCCGUUUUGCUUGAGAAAGAAAAUAGUGAGACAUAAGUCUCUCCAAUUUUAAAGUUCCUGACAUGACUGUAACGGGGGAGUUACUGUCAUAUCCCUAUAGAAGACAUCAGUAGGAGAAAAAUGAAAACCUGCAGAGCUGCAUUGCUGGGAUGGGGUUUCUGUAUCUUGUUUUUUCUGCUGCUUGACCUCGCUCUUAAAGAAUUGUUCAGUCUGAUCCUCUGUAUUAAGUGUGGGCUGCGCUCUCUGGUUGUACAUACACCUCUGCAGCCCCCGUGGCCCCCUCUCUGCGCAGCAUCCCUGGCACGUGGUGGUUUACACAACAGUGAUUUUUUGGCACAGAUGAAAACCCAGGGAGAGGGACCUGCUCGCCACCAGGCGGGACUUCUGCAUGUGUUCUCUUGUCCACUUAUGUACUCUGUGUGUGUAUGUGUAUAAAAAACCCCACCAUAUAAAUAACACAUACUACAGAGUUAUUAACAUCCCCUCUGGUGGGAAGUUACUGGUGCUUUGUGCUUAAUUAUCAAGUCCAUGUUUUUUUUUUAUAUUAAUUGCCUCUCGACUGUCUGAUCUUUCAGCAGUUAUUCAAGCCAAAUGCUGUGCUAUUAUUUUAACAGAAAACCAGUUCAAGAAAUAAUUUCAGCCUUGCUGUUUCAAAGUGGAUGUUUAAUCACCAACCAUUUUAUUAUAAUUACUUUUAAUUACUGAGAGGGUGGUUAUUUCCUAUUUAGUUUUAAGAUAAAGCAUGAACAGUUGAGCGUUUGUUACUUUGGCAGAUUUUUUUUUACUGGAAAUACUGAGAGUCUGGGCGGCUCUAUCAGUGGACAUUCCCCUAAUUUAGAUAAGUUAGACUUUUUUUUUUCUUUUUAAAAGCUUCCGUUGUGAUUUUGAUUUGGGAUAUAGUAAAAAGAGAAGUUGUCUGAAUAGAUUUUCUACUCUCUUAUCUUCCCUGAGUCCUCAGAAAGAACACCAAAAAAGUCAGAGGCUUGCAUUUGUCUUAAAACAUUCUUUAAAUCACUAUUUCAGUAGCAGGAAAGGUGAUUUAGUAAAAAGUAAAAUCAAAAAAAAAGUUGUUAUUGGACUAAAAAAAGCUAUGUGUAGUUUCCCCCGUGUGUGUGUGUGUGUGUGUGCAGACGUGCACGUGCACAGUCAUUCAAAGUGAAGGAAUUUUCAGUGUUUGAGUGUUGAGCCUCUGCCUGGCAAACUGUUGGGGUAGUUUUUUGGGGUAAUUACAGGAGAGGAGCACAAGGGAUUGCGGACAUUUGUCUGAGUGGUGGAGCAAGAACGAGGAGAAUGGAUUGCUCUGCACGCUCUGAGCCAUGAGCUGUGGGUAGAAGGUGAGAAGAAGAAAAUAUUGAUCAGUGACUUCUCAUUAGUGCAAAACUUAUUUUCAGAGAAUAGCUGUUUUUUUGUGUUCCAGAGGGCCUGGUGGCAGCUCCAUUAUUUUAGAAGCUAAAAGGGAAUUGAUACUGAGAUUGUUUGUUUGUUUUGGGUUUUUUUUCUUAUUUUGGGAUAGAUUGCGAGUGCUUCAUGUUCAUAUUCAGACCAAUUCUGCCAGUUGCAUGUGAUGGGAGUCACUUGAGGCACGUCUGUCUGUCUGUCUGUGCACACUGUGGGCUGGGAACCCGGCACACGGGAUCCCAAGUGGAAAUGGGAUAAAUGUUACUUAGAUGUGAGGAAAAACACAGCAGCAGAUAAACUCCUGUAAAAGUGUACUCGUAAAUUCUCUGGUUGCAUUUGGGGCUCUGAGGGGUUACACAGGAGGAGAGGCUUUUCCUUUCUUAUACUCUGUAUAGAUCUGUAAAUAUCCAAUGCCUGUAUAUUCUAGGGUUAUAUAUAUAUGUAUAUAGAGGAAUCGUAUUAUCUAUUAUAUAUAAAUAGUUGGUAGACAACCGCAUAUAAUACAUAUUUACAUUUUUAUAAACCUGAAAGAAUAUUACUUUUUCCUUAUUUUGAGGUUAUUUACCAAGGUUUUUUGUAGUAACUCAUUACUAGUUGUAUGAACACCUUUCAGUACUGUACACAUGGCGCUCUUGGUAACGUUGCUCCAGAAACUUGCUCUGCUUGUGAACGUCACUAAUAUCCGUGGAUUUAAAACAGCUGUACUUUUGUAUUUUUCUAUAUUUUUUUAUUAAUAAUUGCAGAUGAGGUGUUAGAACUGACAGCCUGUUUGAGAGCUGGCUGCUGGAGGGGCUCAGGAAAGGCAGGAGCAGCAGCUCAGGGUUCCUGCAUCCGUGUGCUCCCCUGACGGCUUCCCUCGAGUGAUUCCUGACUGCAGGACCUUUCCGUUCUCAGUCUCCCAGCAGCUGGUGCCCACAGGGAAUAGCGGUGGUUGUGUUGCUCCAGAGGAGCUGGACUGACACCGGCAGCUCCCUCCCAGUGGGGUUAUUAAUGGUUCUUGCAUAGCAAAGGAUCCCAGUGGCUGCUGCUCAGCUGGGUUGCGUUUGGAUCGGGAAGGUGAAGCUCAAUCCGUCAUUCUUCUUUGUUCUCAAAAAGGCAGGCAUCUUUAAUUUUUUUAAUUUUUUUUUUUUUUUAACUGAUGUUGUAUUACGACAGUCACUAUCUAGGAAACUCUCUCCUUGAAAGCUGGUGAAAGCUCUCCUUGGUUUCUGGCCGUGAGGAACCCUGCCCCAACCUGUACUGAUUUCUUACAGACUCUGUGAGAAUCACAGAAUGAUACGGGGUUGGAAGGGACCUCUGGAGAUCAUCUAGUCCAACCCCCUGCCAAAGUAGGUCCACGAAGAGCAGGUUGUGCAGGAAUGUGUCUAGGCGGGUGUUGAAUUAAACUAACAGAAAACCAGAUGAUAAAAUCAAUAGCAUGUGUGGUGUCCGCCACGACCCUUCAUGAAAUCAGGUGUGUUCCACUGCUAUUUGAUACGAGGUUGAUCGAUAGACAUUAUUGUCCUGGAACAGACUUUAUCAGAGCACCUCCGCUGAUCUCCGCUGUUUCCAGAGAUCUGUAAUUUUUGCUGUUACAGUUGAUUAAAUUGCCUCAUAACAUUGAAGGGUAUUGGGACAAGGGUGGGGAAUCUGAGGAUUUCCCUGCUUGCUGGGGGUCACACACCAACACCCUCUCUCAGGUGCUUGGUCAGACUCCGUAACUCCGACGCCCAGCAGCCACCCGCUGUAAAAUAUUCCAGUUGUUUGCAUUUGCUGCAGGACUCAGAUUAGGAAAGGGUCCCUGUGUUCAGAUCACGUAAAUGGCCGUCACUUCUCUUUAGUCCCUGGAGCUGCCCCUCUGUGAGCAGGAGAAGGUCUGGCCCAAGUAUCCCUUGUGCAGGCGGGUCCCCACACUGGAGCGUGGCUGUUCCGGAGGUCGGGCUAAUGGUGCUCACUUGGGGGGAUGAUCCCUGUCGAAAGGAGAGUGUGGCACUUCGUGGGUGUUGCAAAACUGGGAACAAGUUCCAGUGUCCUGCUUAGAAAUCCACAGUAUUCCCAAAGCUUUUUUUCUUUUUUGCCUUUAUUUAUUUCAUUCUGGGCGCUCUUUGCAAUGAGGUGAUUUGAAAUAUACUUACAUUUGAGCUCAUUAUUAAUGAGUAAGCUCCAAAAAAACCCCCCAAAAAUGUCAGAGCAGAGCUUUCUACUUCUGUCACGAGCUGCAUCUUUGAGUGGUUUACCUGCCUUUCUGCCAUGCCUUCCUGGGGCGCACUGAUCGACCGCUGAGCUGCCUCUUCCACUGUCCUGCAACGUGAAAAGUAGCACCAGAUAUUCCUUUGUGCAUUUCUGUGUAUAUGGCUUUCGUAGUUGGGAUUUUUCAAAGCACUGAUUCCCGGUGUUUUCAGUUUGUUCUAUGAGGGGAUAUUUCAUUUGCAUCUAUGUUUUUAGCUAUCCUGUGAUAACUUGUUGAAUAUUAAAAAAUAAAAAUAUUUUGCUUCUAUUGGGACAUUUGUAUACUCGCAACUAUAUUUCUGUAAACAGCUGCAGUCAAGAAUAAAACAAUGAAAGUUUUCAUUUUGCAGUGUAAA